AUGCGCGAGUAUUAUCGAGACGACCAACUGGACGAGAUGGAGGAGGAAUGCUGGCGUCGCUACAAAGUCUCGUUGUUCAUGGCCGACGCGUUCACGGGCGAGAAUGAAGAAGACAGCGCGUCCACAGCUUCGAAGAAAAUCCGCGUAUCUCGUAAAACUUUCUGCGGUGCGAUGCUGCCCGGUGCGAGUCCUCAACGUGCCACACGCACUUUGGUCACCACCGACGGUAUGCGGUUCCUAGAGAACUACGAGUCCAGAAAUCGUCCCAGCGAACGAGGUCUCAGCAGAAAACGUCGCCCUCGAGGCAGCAUCCAUGGCCACGAACUGCACCAGUCUUUUGGGCUGGCCAACCUGCCCUCUGGAGCCGCAAGAGCGCAUCGUAGACAACGCAAGUUGAAGAGAAGUCAGUCUCUGCCUCUUUUUGAUCGCCAUUUCGCUCAUAUGAUUCGUGACGAGCUCCAGGAUUCGAACGCCAAAGAGUUCGAAAGUAAGUUAAACCUCGGCUUUGAGCUGCUCCAGCGUUGUCGACAACCUGAAUUCUCGUCGCUUUUUCGAGUUUAUCUGUCGUGGCUGAAGCAUAAAAGUGUCUGGAGUCAGUGGUACUCGCGACAAAUGGAGCGCUUUACCACGUCGAGUAAAGCCGAGGCGUUCGUGAACCUACUGUCUCGAUGCUUUCGACUGUGGGAGUGGCUAGUGGUUCUUGUUGGACUCUUCUACGCCGUGACGAUCCCGUUCUUCGUGUGUUUCGCCUCCGACCUCGAAACGUUCCACGAAGACCACGAAGACGAAAUCGCUUUAGCGCAUUGGGAACGUAUUGUGGUUUUGGUUGACUUGGUCUGCAUCGCCGACUUUUUUCUUAAACAUUCAGCCUUCCGAAAAGUAUUAGUUCUACGUGACGGAGGUAGUACGGACGUCCCUACUGCUACUCCACAGCCAGUGGCGCCACCUCCGUUGAAGUCGAUGAGUAGUUUGAGGACGUUCGUACCAACGGCCCCACCACAAGUGACACAUAAACGCAAGAGCUGGUGGCACCAGCAUGUGAAUACCCACUUAUGGAUCGACCUUGUGACGUCGUUACCCUUCGAUAUCCUGCUGUACAUCCCCCCGCUUUCGACGUCAAGUAUGAACGAUCAUCGCUGGUUCUACUUGUCGCUCUUCCAACUGAACAAAAUCCCGCGUAUUCUGGAGUCUAUCGAAGCGAGCGAGCGACUCACUCAGUUCCUGGCUGCAGAUCUGAAUCUACCCAUAGGAGAGAGUCGACUGCACUUCAUCCGCACCGUGUGUAUCUAUCUUUUAUCGGGUCAUUGGAUCGGUUGUCUGUGGUUUCGUCUGGGCUUGCAUGCGUACAAUAUCUACGGAGGGUCCUGGCUUUCCACGUACAAAAUGCUGGCGGUAGACGAGUUCGAAGAGCUGAGUGAGAUCCCCACUUGUCGACGAUAUCUUCGCUCGCUGCACUUUGCUAUUGGCUCAAUUACUACGGUUUUCUAUGGCGACGUCGUGAGUAUGAACGCGAUUGAGACAGUAGUAGAGAUUGCGUUUAUCGUGGUCUGUAUCUUGAUCUUCGGGGUGCUAGUUGGCGCGCAAGGAGAGAUGAUUGAAGCCAACUACAAGCACAAGAUGCUGUUCGAACAGAACUUGAUGGAACUGUAUCAUUUCUUGAAGAACAACGACGUCCCACGCGACGUUCGACAGCGACUACGACUCUACUAUACCAACACAUGGCUCAAGUACCACGGCCACGACGAUCUCGAAGGUGUGCGAGGUCUUUCGACGUUGCUGGUGGAGGAUAUCGCCCAGUAUACCCUUCGAAGCUUUGCCAACCGUGUAUCCAUUCUCAAGAGCUGUGACGAGAGCUUCCUGCGCUCUUUACUGACGUGUUUAAAACACAUUAUCUGCUCGUCAUCGGAGGCAGUUGUACGCAAGGGAGACGUCGAUCGGAGCAUGUAUUUCAUCGCGAAAGGAAAAAUCCUCGUCCAAGGGCCGGGGUUCGAGCUGGUGAAGCACGAGGGAGAUUUCUUUGGGGAAUUGUCGCUCUUGUAUGGCAUUCCUCGGUCUGCCACGUGCUCGUCGCUGGGUGUUUCGUUGCUCUACGUGCUCGAGUGGGAGACGUACGAGAGGCUGCUGGCGGAUUAUCCGGAAUACCGUGAACAAAACCGACGCGAGUGGGUUAUUGUGAGCACGGUGUUGAAGACAGGGGAGUCGCGCUUCCGCUCUAUCAUUAACAUUGUAGCGCGCAUGGAAAAGGCCAACUGGGUGCUUGUGGACCAGAUUAUUCGCAAGGCCAAGAGUCUCAAGUAG